AUGAAAUCAUUUAUAUGGGUUGGAUUCCAAGAACGUCCAAUUAAAAGUAUAGUAUUUGGAGAUGUUCUGUGUAGUUGCUUGCUGUUCUUGAAUUGUUCGAACAGUGACAGAUUAUAUGGUCACUCCUUGCGUUGUGAUUUUAUAUCUAGUAAUGUGCUUGAACUUGGUGAUGGUGAUUUAAGAGCCUUGAUCAUAUCUUUAGUCUGGUCAGCAAAUAUGUCUACAGCAUAUAGAACUCCGAGGCUUUAUGCACUACAAGGAGGGAGUAAUAGCUCUGGUUUGUCUACUCAGUUAUAUGGUUCUGAAAAGCACAAGGUCAAGUACAUGACAGAAACUUUCAACAGUCCUAGUUAUGAUGCACAGUUCUUCAAUAAUUCUCCCUCGGAAGAGCUGAUUCACCCACCAAGUUCUACUCCAAACCAAUUUGAGUCCUCAUACCAAACAAAUUACGACCUGGAUUACUUCAUCAGUCAAAGUCCAGAAGCAGUUGAAUAUGAUGAGGGUAUGAUGAAGUUGAAGCUUCAAGAAUUGGAGCAUGCUCUCCUUGACGAUGAUGAAGACGGAGUAGAUGAGGUUGUUGUUGGGCCUGAGCACAGCAUGGAGAUAGAUGAAGUUUGGGCUGGGUCAUUGAGGAAUAUGAUGGCUCAUGACUCCCCAAAGGAAUCUACUUCCUCGGAAUCUUCCAACUUGAGUAGCGUUGGCAGCAAGGAUGAAGCACUACCUUCUUCUCGUAAUACUAAACAGUUACUCUUUGAUUGUGCUGCUAUCAUUUCAGAGGGAAAUUUUGCGCAAGCUGAAUCAAUGAUCAACGAGCUUAGACAGAUGGUUUCGAUCCAAGGGGAACCAUCACAGAGGAUUGCAGCCUACAUGGUAGAAGGCCUUGCUGCUCGAUUGGCUUCAUCUGGGAAAGUUCUUUAUAAAGCUCUGAGAUGCAAAGAGCCACCUUCUUUUGAAAAGCUUGCAGCAAUGCAAGUACUCUUUGAGGUAUGUCCGUGUUUCAAGUUUGGAUUUAUGGCAGCAAACGAGGCAAUUUUGGAGGCAAUUAAGUAUGAGAAGAAGGUACAUAUUAUUGAUUUUGAUAUCAACCAAGGAAAUCAAUACAUAAAUCUUAUACGAUCUCUUGCUAAGCAACGUGGAAAGUCGAUUAAGUUGAGAUUAACUGGGGUUGAUGAUCCGGAAUCUGUUCAGCGCCCAAUUGGUGGCCUAAAGAAUAUUGGGCAAAGGCUUGAGGUGCUAGCUGAGCUUGAAGGGCUGCCCUUUGAGUUUAAGGCACUACCAACGAGAACACCGCUUGUUACCCCGGAAAUGUUAGAUUGCAGACCUGGGGAAGCACUAGUGGUAAAUUUCGCUUUCCUGCUCCACCACAUGCCUGAUGAAAGUGUCUCAACAAUCAAUCUCCGAGACCAACUUCUUCGAAUGGUCAGAAGCUUAAACCCAAAUCUAGUAACCAUUGUGGAACAAGAUGUGAACACAAACACCACCCCGUUCCUCUCUAGAUUUUCCGAGGCUUACAGCUAUUACUCUGCUGUUUUUGAGUCUCUCGAUGCCACUCUUCCGAGAGAAAGCCAGGAAAGAAUCAAUGUCGAGAAGCAAUGUUUGGCACGCGAUAUUGUGAACAUUAUAGCCUGUGAAGGGGAAGAAAGGAUUGAGCGUUAUGAGGUUGCUGGAAAAUGGAGGGCAAGGAUGCAAAUGGCAGGUUUCAGAUCAUGCGCUUUAAGGCAAAAUGCAAGUGAUAUGAUUCGAGAGCUCAUCGUGUCACAGUAUUGCAACCGGUACAAGUUGAAUGAGGUAAUGGAUGCGCUUCAUUUUGGAUGGGAAGACAAAAACUUAGUCGUUGCAUCAGCUUGGUAUUGAUUAAAAUCGAGUGAUUAGUGACUCUUUCUAGCUUGAGUUUUUACUUCUAACAGACUUGAGGGUGCUGUGUAAUUUAUAUAAUUAGCAACAAGUGUUUGUAUAUUAUGUUGUGCUCUUUAUUUUUUUGCUGAACUGCAUAUUGUGGUCUUCCCUGAGGCGAUGUCCGAUGCCUUUUUUCUAGCAGUUCAUCAUGAACAUAAACUGUUAUUAGGUUAUCCAAUUUGCUGACUACACACUUUUAUGUAUCAUACUGUAUUUUUCUUCACUUCAUUCCCAAGUUUCUUAAUUAUUACUCUUCUUUUAUGUA